GAGAGAGAUAAGAAGGGCUGGGAGAGAGAUAAGAAGGGGUAGCAGGUGCCACACGCUGCUUGGAAGACCGGGACCCAAGUCCAGAGCUGCCUAUAGAGAAAUGUGCCCCUCCCGAUCCGGGCAGGGCGUGCAAAGUUCAUCCCCUGGUAGGACGGGCAGUGAGAGGCAUCGCCGUGACUGGCACGAGGGGUGGAACGAUUUGAUGGUAAGAAGGAACGAAUAAGCAACAAUAAUCCAGAUUUGAUGUGUGUUUUGCGUGGGGAAACGUUUUGGCGGCCCCACACAAAGCCCAGGAUCAGCCAGGACAAGUACAGGGCAAACAUUGUCCCCGCUGUCCCGCCGAGAGCUUGGAUGAAAUGCUUCAAAGGAGGAAGAGCCACGAGGUACAGCUGACCCAGCUUCAAAGAUGUGACUCAUGGCCCCUCCAGCAGAAAGAUCAGGAGCAGUUUCUGGGUUGAUGCAAGAGCCCCACAGGACACAAGGAAGAUGAGGAUGGAAGGAACCUGGCUGGGCCUGCCCCUUGGACACCUGCUGGCUCUGGGGCACCGGCUCAGAUGGAGAACCACGGUGGAUUUCAGAAAGUUCAGGCUGUUUGUUUGCCUCCUCGGGCUCAGCUCUGGCAGCUUCUGGUUUCUGUACAACUUCACCGAGUUCUGCCUGUUCUGUGAGAACAGCCAAGGUUUCCUGUUCCCCACGGGGCCCUUCAGGAGGACGGAAGGAAACUUCUCCCAGCUGCCAGACAUAGACUGCCACAAGAACCCUCCUUUCCUCGUCCUGCUCGUGGCAUCCUCGUGCCAGCACCUGGAUGCCAGGAUGGCCAUCCGGCAGACCUGGGGCAGGGAGAGGACGGUGGCCGGGAAGCGCCUGGUGACGUUUUUCCUCCUGGGAAGCGCCCUGGAUCCCGGCCAGCAGGCUGGCAUCGCUGCUGAGGGCCAAAAGUACGGGGACAUCAUCCAGAAGAACUUCACAGACACCUACUACAACCUGACCCUGAAGACCAUGAUGGGCAUGGAGUGGGUUCACCGGUUUUGUCCCCAGUCCGGCUUCGUGAUGAAAACCGACACAGACGUGUUUGUCAACGUUUUUUACCUCACUGAGCUGCUCCUGAGGAAGGGGAAGACCACUGGGCUCUUCACAGGCUUUUUAAAGCUGCAUGAGUACCCCAUAAGGAGAAGAGGGAGCAAGUGGUUCGUGAGCAGGGAAGAGUAUCCAGGAAAAACCUACCCGCCUUUCUGUUCCGGGACCGGAUAUGUUUUAUCCAGUGACGUUGCCAGUCAGAUCUAUAACGUUUCUGAGAGUGUUCCCUUCAUUAAGCUGGAGGAUGUGUUCGUAGGAAUGUGCCUUGCCAGAUUAAAAAUCAGGCUGGAGGAGCUCCACUCGGAGCAGACAUUUUUCCCAGAAAGGAUCAGGUUCUCCGUUUCCCGCUUCAAGAAAAUCGUGAUGUGCCACGAAGUGGAACCGUCAGAGCAGCUGAGCUACUGGAGCCAGCUGGUGACAGAAAACCAUGGAGAGGUGCUCUAACACCUUCCCUGCUGGAAUGAACACACUGGAAUGCUCUGCUUUUACAGGGCUGCUCUUGACCCCAAUGAAACUCCCAGUUAACUCCAGGUCCAGCACGUUAAAGGCUUUUAAAAUGGUUAUUUUAAUCAUGGGAUUAUUAAGGUUGGAAGAGACCUCCAAGAUCAUCAGGCCCAACCUUUGACCUUAUCAACUAAACCACUGCACUGAGUGCCACGUCCUGUCAUUCCUUGGACACCUCCAGGGAUGGGGACUCCCCCACCUCCCUGGGCAGCCCCUGCCAAUACCUGACCGCCCUUUCCAGGAAGAAAUUCUGAAUUUCUGCCCAAAAACAUGCAAAUCCCUUUCUCUCCCAUUCACCCCACUGCAUCCCUACAAUCUCCACAAUUAUUACUUCUCCCUGGAAGAUCCAGGCCUGCAGCCCUGCCCUCCAAAUCCCGCUGCCAAAGGGCUGGUGACAUUCCUGCAGUGCUAAACUUAAGCCAAAGCACUUUUCUUUCAGGGAAUAAAAUUUGCACCAUCCUCCUGGUCGCCCCUGGUAGAUUCCUGCCCCCAAUCUGUGCAGGCAUUUCAGGAAUGAUGCUUGGAGCUGUCAGGGCGCUCCUGUCCUGGCAGAGGGAACCGCAGCCCUGCCCUCGCAGCGGGCUCCGUGUGGGCAGAGCUGCAUCCUGGCACACGGCCCUCCUUCAGUCUCCACAGGUUUUCUUUUGCAGAGAUGGAAGAAUUUUCCCAUGCAGUGCUCUUGGGACAGCCUUGGGGACUGCAGGUCACCUGGUUAAUGUGUAAAGCUGCUGCAUCUGUUCCCUGGGAUGUGCCUCCUGCGGUUGGAGCCAGUGGAGGGUGUCCUGCUCUUUUAAUUAAAACAGACCCCAGAGACACCUUUUAUAGUGGUGGCUCCCUUUGAUUGCCCGAAAACCUCUGUAAAUGGUUUCCCAAGGCUAAACCAGAGUCACUUACAUCGAUUUAGACUUUUUUUUUUUUUUUUUUUGCUGUGAGGAACUGGAUGAGUGAGGGAGAAGAGGGGAGGAUUCUACUCUUUUAAACAAGACCAGGUAGGAUGAUGUGCUCAAGCGAUCCCUCAGGCUGGGAGCCCCGUUCCUUGUUUCAUUCCCAAGCAAAGAUCGUGAAACCUCUGGGAUGUUUGGAGGAUCCAGAGGUAAAGAAUUGAGCCUUUACAAUAGUAGAUGCUGCAAAAAGUACUUUGGAGCUGUGAGGAGGGAGAAAGGAGCUCCUAAAUCCUGCCUGAUGCUCCUCUUUGAUUUUCUUUCUCACACGGGAAAGCUCAGUUUUAUCAGCAAAGAAGUAGCAAGUACCUGUAAAUAGGUGUGAAAUGGUUUCUUUUCAGGGAGCAGUAAAAGUGGAGCUGUUCCCGAGGGGAAAACGGGCUGGGAGCUGAGGGGAUUUGACACCUGGAAAGGCUCAUCCUCACACACCCACAGGAGGGAGCAGGGAAAGAGAUUUUAUGACUUCAUUUUUAUUGUUUGUUUUUAUUUUUAUCAAAGUUGGACUGUUCAGGUGCCUCUUUUUACUUGCCUGUGUCUGAAGAGCAGGAUAAAUGUUUUCAGCAGGAAUAUGUGCCAUCCUGAAAAGUCUUUAGUAACUGUAAUAAUAUAUUAUUUAUUUUCUUCUGGUGUAGAGUAACCUGGGCCCAUGCACUGAUUUUUGACCACUAAAUGAUGGGAAAAAAAAAUUAUUCAUUUAUUUAUUUGGCAGAAGAAUUACCUUCUUCAUUUUAACCUUCUUUAUUAAACUUUAAACAUUUUAUUAAAACAAAGGAAAUAUUUAAACAUCUCAAUUUUAUUUAAAAUUCAGCUAUUUGCUGAGUACUUUUGCUGCUGGUGAGAUGGGGUCAGGCUUUUUAAUCCCCGUUCUUUCCAUGUUACCUGCAGAAAUGUCUUUUGCCAUUCCCUGCCCUCGUGCCCAAGGUGCAGGCUGGCUAGUCCUUGAAUUUAUGGAAAAAUGGUGAGCAAAAGGAAUGCUUGUUAAUUCACAGAAGUAUAGAAUUGUUUAGCUUGGAAAAGAUCUCCAGGAUCUGUGAAGAAAUUUUUCCUGAUGUCCAACCUAAACCUCCCCUGGUGCAACUUGAGGCUGUUUCCUCUUGUCUUGUCACUUGUUACCUGGGAGAAAAGACCAACUCCCACCUUGCUACAACCCCCUGUGAGCCUCCUUUUCUCCAGGGUAAAUCCCCCACCCCCCCAGCUCCCUGGGCUGCUUUGAAUAAGAAUACAUUAAAUUAAUAAUAAUCAAUCCUGCUGGAAAAGGUGAUUUAGGAAAAGUAAAUGACUGCAUGCAAGGCAAAUUCCUUUAUUUAAAUAAAACCACUGUGCUAGUGACUCCAUACGUCUCAGCUAAACGAAAUUAGCUUUUGCAGCUUAGGCCUCAGAUCAUGAAUUUUAACACAGUCAAAACAGUAUUAGUGGCCUUUUGCCAAAUUCUGUAUAUUUUCCUAUGGAAUACCAUCACAAAAUGGACAGAAAUAUAACUAGAACUGUAAAGACAAUACUGCAGUGUACAUAGGCUUGUUUUUUACAUUUUGUAUAGGCUAAUAAAAGAAUUCAGGCAAUUUGGGGGCAGUUUGUGAAAGCAGAGCACUCUCCUACCCUUUUUAUGCUUUCUGGGUCAGAUGAUCCUUGCAUCAGUUUUUUUAUGGAUAACCAUGAAAAGGUCAGCUAAAAGUCACUCCACUGCUUCUCCUUUAAACAGGGAGGAGUGAAAAGAUCAACAGAGCUGACACCGAGUUGGUUAAAAUUGUGCAUCCCAACACACCCUAUUUCUCCCAAGAUCAUUUUUUGAAUACAGACAAAUUAAUGGUUGGUUGGUUUGUUUGUUGGUUUUGUUUUGUUUUGUUUUGUUUCCCACAACUCCCAUCAACCAACAUAUUCUUGGUUUAGAGCAGCGCUGUCCAAAAUGUGCAGGAAGGAUUCAGCCUCUCAGCUCCUCUGGCUCAGCCUCACUGAGGGGGUCCAGCCCCCUCAGGCACUUCUGGGAACACAGGGUAGAUUUUUGUAAUGAAACUUUCACCUUCUGUCAGAGCUGAGCAGAACUCAAGGGCUGUGCUGGAUCUGCCAGGGAUGCUGCUCCUCGUGGAUUUGUGCAGGUGACUCCGUGAUGUUGCCACAAAACAUGGGAGAAUGUUUGCAUUGUUGGCAUGGGAACAUGGGAACAUGGGAAUGUUGAGCUGUUCCAAGGGUGGUAUUUUAAUAAAUUAUUUUGCUAUCA